AUGACAAAACCAACAGUUCUUCUUCUCGGCAAGAUCGACCAUGCGACCAAGGAAUGGGAGGCUUUGAGCGACGUUGCUGAGCUCCAGAUCUGUGACUCCAAGAACCGAGAAGAAUUCAUCAAGGACUGCGCUGAGGGAGGAAAGUGGGAUGGUGUCGUCGCUGUUUACAGAACUUUCGUCUCCGUCGCAAUUACCGGAUUGAUCGACGAGGAGCUCAUUUCUAAGCUGCCCAAGAGCCUGAAAUACAUCUGUCAUAACGGUGCAGGAUACGACCAGAUCGACGCUGACGCCUGUACAAAGGCCGGGAUCAACGUCUCCAACGUUCCGACUGCCGUGGAUGGUGCAACUGCGGACACUGCUUUCUUCUUGUUGUUGGGUGCAUUGAGGAAGAUCCAGUUUGGUUUGAACCAAUUGAGAAGAGGAGAGUUCAAGAACAAGUGCCCAAUCGGCCACGACCCUGCUGGCAAGGUUCUAGGUAUUUUGGGUAUGGGAGGUAUCGGCCGUGCUAUGGCUCAAAGGGCUCGCGGCUUCGACAUGGAGAUCAUCUACCACAACCGCAACAGGCUUGCACCUGAGCUGGAAGCUGGUGCCAAGUACGUUAGCUUCGACGAGUUGCUUGCGCAGUCCGACGUUCUAUCAUUGAACUUGCCCUUGAACAAGCACACUCGCCACAUCAUCUCAACCAAGGAGUUUGAGAAAAUGAAGAAUGGAGUUGUCGUCGUCAACACUGCGCGUGGACCCGUCAUGGACGAGGAUGCUUUGGUCAAGGCUCUGGAGUCUGGCAAGGUGUUCUCCGCUGGAUUGGACGUAUAUGAGAAUGAGCCCGAGGUGCACCCUGGGCUGUUGAAGAACGAGAACGUCAUCCUCGUCCCUCACCUCGGUACUCACACUUACGAGACUCAGUACACGAUGGAAUGCGUCGUCCUUGACAACGUCCGCUCUGCAAUUGAGAAGGGCGAGCUUAACACGCCCAUUCCAGAGCAGAAGAAGUAG